AUGGAUUCUACAACUAUUGAAAGCGGAAAAGAUGUGGACUCUAAUGACUCAAAUAUUAACGGAACAUUAUAUAAAACGGACAACAUUAAUAGUGCUAAAUGUGUAAAAGGGGAGAGACACUCCAAUCACGGUAGCACUACUAGUGUGUCCUCCUCCUCCUCCAACAGUACAACAGAAGCUGCUAAAUCAUCUCUACCUGUCCCUCCUGAUGGUGGAUGGGGUUGGGUGGUUGUUUUUGCCUCUUUCAUGAUUAACUUGAUAGCUGAUGGGGUCUCAUUCUCUUUUGGAAUUCUGUACGUAGAUUUUGUAAAAUAUUUCGGAGAAAGCAAGGCUAAAACUUCAUGGGUCGGGUCAAUCAUUCUAAGUAUGCCUUUACUGGCAGGUCCCGUUGCAAGUUAUCUAAUCGAUCGAUAUGGGUGUCAGAAAAUGUGCAUCUUGGGGUCGCUGUUAUCUGCCGUGGCGUUCAUUUUGAGCAUCUACGCCAACUCACUCGAGGUGCUGUGCCUGACAUUUACCAUAGCCGGACUCGGUCUGGCUCUUUGUUACGUCACUUCUAUCGUCAUCGUUGCGUAUUAUUUCGAGAAGAGGAGGUCGCUGGCUACGGGCCUGGCUGCUUGCGGGACUGGCAUUGGGACUCUCCUGUUCCCACUUUUCACGGGGCAUCUUCUUACAAUUUACGACUGGCAGGGCACGCUUUUGAUUUUGGCGGGAUUCUUUCUCAACAUGAUGGUGUUCGGUGCUCUGAUGAGAGAUCUCGAGCCGCCGUCAAAAUCGGCUAGUGAAAAGCAAGAUAACUCUGAAAGCUGUACCUUGGAAGAUUCGGAGCGGCUGUGUAGCUCCUUGGUGCAGCUUCCAACCUAUCUGCGAGACAAUCUGCCAGUCGAAGUCAUUUCGGAGCUUUCCAGUAAAGAAGGUGGUUAUUUAAAUUCUCUGCUGGAACAACAUCCUCACCUCUUCGGAGCCAUCAUGACGAAAAGCACUGCCGGAUCCGAAAAUUCUUCAUCCAUCAUUCCUCAGAAUCAUGAAACAAGGAAAGAGAAGAAGAGAGGCAAAAGCAAAUCUGUUUCAACAGAGAGGAGUGCGUCGCAAAAUCACUCUGCAAUCCCCAGAGAAUCAUCAUUCACCAGCAAAUUGGACGCGAAGUAUUUGCGCAACAUGAAAAUACAGAGAGGCAGUAUUACAUACCGCGGAGCUAUGCUGAAUAUUCAUCGUUAUCGUCUGAGAGCAUCCAGCUGCCCCGACAUUUACAGGAACAGCAUGGUUACUAUUGCGGAAGAAAAGUCAUGCUUGUUUCUGAGUGAUUUGAAAGAUCUCAUGCUCGCAAUGUUUGACUUCUCAAACUUUAAGAAUGUUGCCUAUACAGUGUUCUGCAUAUCAAACUUCUUACUUUAUGCCUGUGUCGAUGUGCCAUACGUUUAUAUUCCUGAUCAAUCCAUUACAAGAGGAACUGAUAUGAAUAGUGCUUCACUGCUCAUCUCAAUACUUGGAGUACUCAACUGCCUUGGUGUGGUCAUUGUUGGAUAUAUUGGUGAUAAACCAUGGAUUGAUUCAUCUCUUCUGUAUAGUGGAUUCAUUGUACUGAGUGGAUUUUCACUCAUAUUGUUACCCGUGAUAGCAGAAUAUUAUGUUACUGCUACAUUAGUUGGAAUUUAUGGUUUCACCAUCAGUGCAAACUAUACUUUAGUGCCCGUCAUCAUAGUCAACUUAAUCUCCCUGGAUAAUUUCACUGGCGCUUACGGGUUAUUGCUGCUAGUUCAAGGCAUAGCUAAUUUGAUCGGACCACCUAUUGCAGGGGCAUUGUUUGACAUGACUGGCAAUUAUGAUAUUACGUUUUACUGCACCGGUUUUUGUGUCAUAUUUUCUGGAGCUAUGGUUAUACCCAUAGCCAAAAGUGUGAUGUGCCGCAAAACUCUAUCAGAAGAUGAUAAAGAUUUAGCACCAUUAAAUUCUAAAUCAAGUAAAGUGAGAUUUGAAGAGCAUUCCCCAAAGAAUAAUGCUAUAGCAUUUGUAAGUACUCCAGAAGAACCAAAAGUGCUGAAAGAUAAACCUGCAUAUGAUCCGAAUGAAAAUCCGGAAAAUUCUGUUCCUUUGUUGUCGGAAGUGAAUGUUACGUUUGGAGAUAUUCCCAAUGAUGAUAAAAUAGGUUCUAUGUAUGAAAAUCCUCUUAAUUUUGUGUGA